AUGCCCCGGGGACUGGACAUUCGGGAGUACUGGAAGCUGCUGGACAUGGUUGUCCGGCAGAUCAUCUUCGGCGGCAAGGGCAUCGACCCCACCUUCUCGGAGAAGUACCAGAUCGACAUCAACACCAUCAUCAGCGAGUUCGCCGACAAGUCCAAGCUCCAACACCUGGAGCAUGCUCACGAGCAGCUGAUCAAGGAGAAGGAGAAGCUGGACUCCUCGUGGGCCGACACCUUCGACAGCAUGCAGACCGAGAACAAGAAGAAGAUCGCCGAUCUGGAGGCCACCAUCGGGGCCAAGGAGGCCGAGCUGCUGACCGCCGUGGCCGCCGCCGCCGAGAGUGCCCCCUUGAAGGUGGCCAUCGAGGCGCUGAAGGCCGACAAGCAUGACGAAGCGACCAAGGCCCUGGAAAGCGCCGGCCUGAGCCUGGACCUCAUCAAGAAGGUGGUCCCGGCUGGGACGGGGCCCGCUGGGCCGGGUGGGGCGCCGCCGCCGCCGGCCCCUGGUGGUGGUGGCCCGCCGCCGCCGCCGCCGCCGGGCCCGCCGCCUGGCAUGGGUGGCCCGCCGCCGCCGCCGCCGCCGGGCCCGCCGCCGGGGAUGGGCGGUCCGCCGCCGCCGCCGCCUCCGCCGCCGCCGCCCGGCAUGGGUGGCCCGCCGCCGCCUCCGCCGCCGCCGCCGGGGAUGGGUGGUCCGCCGCCGCCUCCGCCGCCGCCGGGGAUGGGUGGCCCGCCGCCGCCGCCGGGGAUGGGCCCGCCGGGGCCGCCUCCGCCGCCGGGGUUCGGUGGCCCGCCCCCUCCGCCGGGGUUCGGUCCGGCGCGGCCGGCCGGGCCGAAGAUCGCCCCGAAGGGCAAGAUGCGCCAGUUCCACUGGGACAAGCUGCCGGAUCGCCUGAUCAAGAACACCUUCUGGAGCGAUCGCGCCAUCGAUUACGACCGGUACAUCAAGCUCUUCAACUUCUCCGAGUUUGAGGACACCUUCACCGCCAAGCAGGCGGCUCCGCUCAAGGAGGCGGCCGACAAGCCGAAGAAGGAGGAGAAGAUCUCGGUGCUUGAUUCCAAGCGGUCGUACAACUGCUCCAUUAUGCUUGGUAACAUCAAGAUGCCCUUCGAGAAGAUCAAGCUGGCCGUCCUGUCGGCCGACGACGAGACCCUCAGCGACAACCACUAUGUGCAGCUGCUGAACUACGUGCCGAAUGACGAGGAGUCCAAGGCGCUGGAGCCGUUCGCCGAAGACCCGUCCAAGCUGGACAGCGCGGAUCUCUUCUUCCUGACCAUGCUGACGGUGCCGCGGUAUGAGCAGCGCCUGAAGUUGCUGCUCUUCCGGCGCACCUUCCCGGACAAGUCGAAGGAGAUCCGGCAGAACCUGGACGCCAUCAUGGCCGCCUGCCGGACGCUCAAGGCGUCGAAGCACUUUGGCACGCUGCUGGAGCUGAUCCUUGUGUUCGGGAACUUCAUGAACACCGGCACGGCCAAGGGCAAUGCCAAGGGCUUCCGGCUGUCGUCCAUGCACAAGCUGGUGGACACCAAGUCGGCCAACAACCAGCAGACCCUGAUGCAGUACAUCAUCACCCUGCUGGAGCAGCAUAUGCCGGAGUUGCUGACCAUCACGGAGGACCUGCAGGCUUGCGAGGCUCCGACCCGCAUCACGUACAGCUCGCUGCAGGCGGACAUCGCCGAGGUGCGGCUGGGUCUGCGGCUGCUGGAGAACCAGCUGAAGAUUGUCACCGACAAGGGCGAGGACAAGAACCCGCCGGAGAAUGACCGCUUCUACGAGGUGUUCUUCCCCUUCUCGCAGGAGGCCGGCAAGGACUUCGAGGACAUCACCAAGCGCCAGGAGCGCCUGGACUCCUUCUACAAGGAGAUCCUGGCCAUGUAUGGCGAGGACCCGGCCAUGCAGCCGGAGGAGUUCUUCGCCCAGUUCAACACCUUCCUGCAGCUGUUCAACCAGGCUCGCGAGGAGAACAAGAUCCGGGCGGCUCGCGCGGCCCAGGCCGAGCGCGUGGCCGCCGCCCAGAAGGAGAAGGAGCUCAAGCGCGCCGAGGAGGAGGCCAAGCGCAAGGUCAUCACCGAUCUGAGCGAGGCCCAGGAGGACGACAAGCACCUGCUGGAUGGGAUUCUCGAGUCGCUGGCCAGUGGCGAUGCCUUUGGCGCCAAGUCCCGCCGGCGCCGGAACAAGGACGCCGAGCAGGCCCCGGAGCUGGGGGCCGGGGCCGACGUUGACGCCAUGCUGGAGAACCUCAACCUGGACUUCUAGUUUCCCGCCUCCAGGUCCGGGGUGUAGUGCCUCUGUCUCCCGCCUUUGUGUGUCUGUCUGGCCGUGUGUGUGCGUGUGUGUGUGUCUGUCUCCCUCUCCGGGUGGGGAGGGGCGGCGGCCCGUGCGUGCAUAUGGCAGCUGCGUUUUGCGGCCUCGGUUGCCGAGGGGGGGGGCUGGCUGUGCCACCUCCUCUCAAGGCGGCAGUGAGGGCGAGGGUGCCUGUCUGCACACAUACACACACAUACACAUGCACACUCUUUCUCUCUUAUGCUCCGCACCCUCGCUCUCCUCUGCUCUCCCCCCCCUCCCCCACCCUCCACGCAUGCACACCCCCGUGCGCGUGGUUGUGCGUGUGUUUCCCGGCACCUGUUGGGACUCUCGCCGCACACGCCCGGGAGGCCGCGCGUGCAAGGUGCGGCGCGGCGGGGGAGCGGGAGGAGGGCGCGGCGCCAACCCGGGCAGGGGCACCUGCUCGUCCGCUCUCUCUGUCCCCGUCUUUUCCAAUAUACACUUUCCCU